AUGAACGGAAACAUGUUCCUUCUGGCUAUUUUUUUCCUGAUGCUACACGUCUUGGCAUUGCACAAAGGAACCUUCAUCACGGGGAAGAAUUGCGAACAAAAAAAUGAAAAGGCCAAACAGGUCGAUAAAAAUAAUAAGACAGACAGUGAGGGCUUCGCAGACAAUAAUGUGGAACUUUUCACAGGACAAAAUAUAAUGAAAUAUUUUAAAAACAUCUUAAACGAUAAGAAUAAGGAUUCCCAAAAGGAUGGCAACAUUUCUGAGAAUGGAAAAUUCAUAGGUCAGGUGUUGGAAGAGGUUCCUACAACGAAUGAGGGAACGGAUAAGAAGGACGGAGACGAUAAGGAAAAUGCACCCGGGGAGGCCGAAGUGCAGAGUGGCCAGCAAACUGGCGAGCAAACUGGAGAGCAAACUGGCGAGAAGGGUGACGAGCUGACUGGCCAGCAGAGCGGUGCUCCACAAGGUGGACAGAACGAGGGAAAGGCGGAGGCCACCCUUCCAGUACAAGGAGAGAACUACGGCGGGUCCAGCCUAAAAUACUCAGACGAGCUGUAUGAAGAUAUCCUAAUGAACUUACAUAAAAAGGGCGGUAAAGAAGGAACCGAUUACAACGACAAAUAUAAUGAGUUCAAAAAGGAAUACGACAUGUUCAUAUCGUUAAAUAAAGACGAAUAUGAAAUUAUAUCGAAGCUCGUUAAUGCAUUUUCCAUGUACAAUGAUGCCAUUGAUGAAGACGCAGAUACUGUGUAUGAAGCGAUUAAGAAGUCCUUUACGGAUCCAAAGUUUAAGCAACAAUUUGGAGACUUCAUGAACGGCAUUUAUGCCUAUGCUAGUAAGAAGCAUAAUAUAAGAGGCGCCCAAACGGAGGAGGUCAAGACGUACCUCAUGCUGUUUCAGAACAACUCUGUUAUGAGGGCCAUAAUAUACUGCGAACUCAAACACAACAAGUUGUAA